AUGUCCGAUUGCCCAAUUCCACAAGUAGGCUACAACGUCAGUAGUUCAUUUCACCAUCUACAAAAUAACCUAGACAUGGAAAACUGCAAUUUAAAGCCCAAUUUUAACAUUAAAGAUAUGUGCCGAGUUUGUAUGAACACAAUACAAGACGAAGUUUUGUCAGUUUUUGACAAAAAUGACAUUGCUACUAAAAUAAUGUCAUUUUCAUCCGUCAAAAUCGACAUUGGGGACGGUUUACCCCACUUUUUGUGCCCCAAGUGUCACGAAAAUGUCGAAAAUGCCUACAAUUUGAAACUACAGUGUGAAAACUCUGAUCGAAUUUUACGCAAUUAUUUAAGUCAAAUUAAAAAUAGAAAACGUACUAGGCCGAAAUCCGGAGAGCGCGAAACUACCACUUGUACCAUUUGCAACAAAACGUACCAUAACGCCGCGAAUUUGACCCUCCAUAUGGGCACCCAUACGGGCGUGAAGCCUUUCGAGUGUACCAUUUGUUCGAAGCGUUUUACUCAAGGCCGGGCUUUUGCCUGUCAUAUGCGCACCCAUUCCGAUAACGUCGACAAACCAUAUCAGUGUACACAGUGUCCCAAAAAAUUUGUCCAAGAGUCACAAUUGCGCACACAUGUGAAAAAACACACAGGGGAAUCCCAUGUUUGUCCAACUUGUGGUAAAAAGUAUAGCAAUUCGGGGAAUUUAAAGAGUCAUAUGAGGCUCCAUACUGGGGAUCGGCCAUACGAGUGUCAUAUUUGUGGCCGGAAGUUUGCCCAGAGUAACACCCAUUCGUACCAUAUGAGGACCCAUUUGGGUGAAAAGGCCUUCACGUGUGAUUUUUGCUCUAAAAGUUUCACCAGUGGUGGGCAAUUGACCAAUCAUCGGAGGUGUCAUACGGGGGAAAAACCGUAUCAUUGUACCAUCUGUCCCAAGAAAUUUACCCAAAAGUACGCCUGUAGUGUCCAUAUCAUGACCCAUAUGGAUAACAAGCAGUUUUUGUGUAACAUUUGCGGCAAAAAAUACGCCUAUGGCAACCAACUCAACACCCAUAUGAAGACCCACAAUGGCGAAACCCUCCAGUGUGACAUUUGUGGUAAAGAAUACUCAAACCGCGGCAAUUUAUCUGCCCAUAUGGGCACCCAUACUGGCAUAAAACCACACAUUUGUACCAUUUGCCAUAAAGGUUUCUACGUGGCGAAUAGACUGAACCGUCAUAUGAGGAGCCAUACAGGCGACCGGCCAUACGGUUGUACAGUAUGUCCCAAAAAAUUCGCAAGUUUGGACGUCUUGAAAGUACACAAUCGAGUCCAUACGGGGGAAAAACCGUUCAAGUGUGACUUGUGUACCAAAAGUUUUACCAGCAAGUCCCAAUUGACCGGCCAUACGAAGCACCAUGAGCGAAUUACAACAUGAUGAAUUUACAUAAUUGCUAAAAAGUCUGUUUGUACAAAUUUUAUUGAAUAAAAUAGUCAGUAUUA